UCUUUCUUAUAACUUCCUUUUGGGGGAUAAUUAGAGUAGUCAGAUCAACCCACAAAAUUCUUCAUAAUUCGCAGCCUGUAAAACAUAAUACAUCUGCCCAAUCAAAUAACCAAACAAAGGACGGCAUCGCUGAUAUAUUGUGCAAAAUAUUAUCCAUCCCCCACCGAAGUCCACAGAGAAUUGGCUAUACCAUCUAACGCACACUCUUGCCUCAGCAUCUGCUCCGUUCUUUUUGGUGAGGUGAGGUGAGGGGGGAAACGCUGUGAGCCUCCGCACGCGCUUUUGUUCAGUGUCUCCUCGCGACCGGCGAAGUGCGCGCCGUUUCGAGCUCUUCUCUGCGCGAGCGCUGCACGAGACGCAGGCUGAGGAGAAAUAUCGUGCUUUUUGAAUAAUUUUAACGAAGGAGUCAAUGUGAACACAUUUCUGAGGCUGAACAGAUUUAUACAUUUUGAAUGGUUUACCUCAGCGGCUGUCAUCACCUACUCUGCUGUAUCUGAUGCGACGCGGCAUUCCUGUGGACUUUCUGAGGCGACGACGCGCUUUACUUCAGAGAAGGAUGCUGGGGGAGCUCCGCUUGACUGCGCUCCAGCCUCUCCUGGCUGUGUGUCUGCUCUUCACCCUGGAACACAGCACGGUGAGCUGUGACACUGUGGUGAACAUGCGUAAAGUGACUCACCAGAGGGUCCAGGAGCCUCUGUCGGGUACGGCCCUCCUGCCAUGUGUCUUCACCCUACGCCCGAGUCCUUCUCACGAACCGCCCCGCAUCAAAUGGACCAAACUGUGGGGUCAACGUGGUACGGACGGCCUACAAAAGCAGCAAUCGAUUCUGGUGGCUAAAGACAAUAUAAUCAAGGUGAAGAAAGCCUUCCAGGGUCGCGUCACCUUGCCGGGUUACACGGAGAACCGCUACAACGCCAGCUUGGUUCUGACAGGCCUGCGAUCCAGCGACUCGGGAAUGUACCGCUGUGAGGUCGUGGUCGGCAUUAAUGACGAACAAGAUACAGUGCCUCUUCAGGUCACAGGAGUGGUUUUCCACUACCGCGCACCCCACAACCGCUACGCCUUGUCCUUCUCAGAUGCCAAACGAGUUUGUCUGGAGAACUCUGCUAACAUCGCCACGCCGGCACAACUGCAGGCCACUUUUGAUGACGGAUACGACAACUGUGAUGCCGGUUGGCUGUCGGACCAGACUGUGAGGUAUCCCAUCCAGUCCCCUCGGCCUGGCUGCUACGGUGACAGGGAGGACUCACCUGGCGUGAGGAACUACGGCAGCCGAGCCCCCGACGAGAUGUUUGAUGUGUACUGCUUUGCCAACAGCCUGCAAGGUGAAGUAUUCCACAUCAGUGUGCCGGAGAAGUUGAGCCUGGCAUCUGCCUCCACUCACUGCCACAUUCUGGGAGCUCAACUGGCCACAGUCGGGCAACUUUACCUGGCCUGGCAGGGCGGUCUAGACCGCUGCGACCCCGGUUGGCUGGCCGACGGCAGCGUGCGUUACCCAAUCAACCUGCCCCGGCGUAACUGCGGAGGGGAUGAACCAGGAGUACGGACCGUUUACCACAACCCCAACCGCACUGGCUUCCCAGACACUACCGAUCUCUUUGAUGCCUACUGCUAUCAAGAGAAGAAUUUUGAAGAGCAUGCAGCGAUACUCCACAUGACUCUAGAAAACUCCACUCUGAACUCUUCAAGCACUGAAGAGGUGCAGCUCCAAAGAAACGGAGUCUUCCCCGAACCUUCAACUUGGACCGGUCCAGUCGAUCUGGAGAAGGAAGAUUUCAAGUCCAUCAUAAACAACGAAUCUUCAGAAAUCUCAGAGGAGCAUGUUGUAAUCCAUCUUGAACCUGAAGAAAGGUCUGUAGACUGGGAAGAUGAUCCUAAAGAUGCUGUGGAGAAGCAGGAGAACCUUCAAGGAGGUUCGGCAAAAGAGGAGACAGAUGAUCCCAAUGGUCCCUAUGUAUCUCCUGACCCAUCCUCAACUGCGCCUUCCUCCUCUACGCAAGCUCAGACCAGCAACAGCGUCAUUUCCAACUUUGUGAACACAAUCAUGAAGCCAUUUCGGUACUGGACCGGGACUGGAGAGCCUCAAAUACCAGCCACAGAGUCCAGCCUCUACAGAGGAACCUCAGAAAUGGUCCCACCUGCCAGGACGAAGCCAAGUAGAGGGAAAACAAGCAAAGGAGGUGCUGAUAAUGCCAUUGUGGAGCCAAAUACUAAGGGACAUUCAUAUGACCCUUCCUCAUCAGAUCCAGAACAAGAGCUCCUGGAGCAGGAGAAGGAGGUGGUCCUAAUGGCUGCACAGCAGGAGAUAAAAAGUCCAAGCAAUUCUCAUAUGGAUCAUCCAUAUUCACAGGCCUUCACAGACAGUUUCACCGAACCAUCCAAAGGAGCAAUUGGAUCCGGAACGGCAGAUCCGACUCUUUCUUCAAGUCCUUCAGCAUCUAAAAGCUUCGGUUCAAUGAGGAGCAGCCAGCAAAUUUUUAUGCUAAAGUCCUUGAAAGUCCCAAGCAAUAAUAGGCAUUUCAUAACUCAAACAAGCAGUCCAAUGGAAGCCAAAAGGGGCGGUUUGGAGAUUAUGACCAUUCCUGUCUCCAGGAACAACCCUGAGAACUUCUCCGGGGAGGGGAAAGAUUUGAACGAGGACAGUUAUCCUAUUCCCAAAGGUCCUCUGCCGUCAUUAUCUGCAGGGGAUGAAAAAGAUGCAGAGGGAAGUGGAGGGAAAGUCUUACCAUUCACCCAUGACAGCCAAAUGAAAGGAUCCGAUGACCACGGCAUCCCGCUGGAGACCACUGUCAAAUGGCAACUUACGAGUCUCCAGACGACUCAACCUACUGGUGCGUCCAGUUCUUCUGAACCCAAGCACGUGGAACCGGCCAGCACAGCUGAGGAAGCCAGGGGGGAAAUUACAUACGUCCAUCGUCCCAUUGAAAAGCGCAAAAACAAUCCCUUGAACAAAGUCAUUGUGCCUUUCGUUAAACGGAAGCAAGACGUAGAGUUGACCAGGGCACCGGAAGUACACACUUACAAUAUGCCUACCACAUCAAGCCCUGUCGUUCCCAGCAAGGACAAGCUAGCAAUUACAUCAACCGCUAGGAUCACCACUUUCCAGUCUGGAGAAGAAACCACUACCGAAGACAUUUUGUGUACUCCAGAUCCAGCCUUUUCCAGCACUUGGUUACCUGUGGUUCAAGAGGAAGCAGAUACGCCACAACCAAAAGUUCUUACGACCCAAGCUGGACCUAUGGUUCAGCCGACAAGUCCAGAUCCAAACAAUGCUUCCCAUCAGGCUGAGUCCAGGUCAGGAGGGUCAGAGUCGUUUGUGGCAGCUCAUGGCUGGAUAACAUCCAAACCGGUUCCUAUGGAGGAACCUUCAUCUCAGACCACAGGAAGUCCAGAGAAAGACACCACAAACACAACUGCGGCUGGGUGGAAAAACAGCCCCUCCAGAAGUUCAGAAGAUGAUCCCUGCCAGACCAACCCGUGCCUGCAUGGUGGGAGCUGUCUGACCGAGGGGGAGGGAUACAGUUGCCUUUGCCCUCAGGGCUAUUCAGGAGAGAGCUGCGAGAUCGAUAUUGAUGAUUGUCAGUCCAAUCCAUGUCAGAAUGGAGGCACCUGCAUUGACGAGAUCAACUCUUUUGUAUGUCUGUGUCUGCCCAGCUAUGGUGGAGCCACUUGUGAGAAAGAUACUGAGGGUUGCGAGCACAACUGGAGGAAGUUUCACGGCCACUGCUACAGGUACUUCACCCGUAGACACACAUGGGAGGACGCUGAGAAGGACUGCAGAGAGCACAGCGGUCACUUGGCCAGUAUCCACUCCAAGCAAGAGCAGGACUUCAUUAAUGGAAUGAGCCAUGAGAACACAUGGAUUGGCCUGAAUGACAGGAUGGUGGAAGAUGACUUCCAGUGGACCGAUAACAUGGAUCUGCAAUAUGAGAACUGGAGGGAGAACCAGCCGGAUAAUUUUUUUGCGGGCGGAGAGGACUGCGUGGUGAUGAUCGCCCAUGAGAACGGCAAAUGGAACGAUGUGCCCUGCAACUACAACCUGCCCUACAUCUGCAAGAAAGGCACAGUACUAUGCGGAGCUCCUCCCACUGUGGACAAUGCUUUCCUGAUUGGUCGGAAGCGUUCGCACUACGACAUACACUCUGUGGUACGUUACCAGUGCGAUGACGGUUUCCUACAGCGCCACGUCCCCACCACCAAGUGUCGUGCCAAUGGCAAAUGGGACCGACCCAAGAUCAUCUGUACAAAGUCACGGAGAUCUCACCGCUACAGACGCCACCACCACAAGUCCCACCACGAGCGCAGAAAGCACAAGAGGCACGGGUCAGGAGGUCAUCGAGGUCAACAGGAGGGUCACGGCCAUUUCUAACCAAAUAAUCCCCUCCUUUCCGCCAGCCUUUCACCUAAACCUCCUUAUCUUUGAUAUCUGACGGCCUUUCACCUUUUCCCUCUUCUCACCUGGGUCAGUCUACCCCCAUUAUGAUCAGAGGGGGCACUGCUGGACCUCACAAGGACUAUAACAAUUUUACUUUUCCGUCUCUUUAUCCGUUAAUGUUCCAUCUCAUUUUAGUGAAUCAACCAUGAGGAAAGUUCUUUCGUACCUUCAAUGUAGAAAACACUCUAGGUAACUGUUUAUGUAUUUUUACAUAAGCAUUAAUGGAGCAGGAGAGUUGGUACAACAUGUAAAUAUUGUAUUUCUUUUCAAAACGUGGGAUAAAAUCAAAACAGCCAAGAAAUGCUUGGUAUUCGUUAGCUCAUGCAGUAUUUCUUGACUGUUUUGAUGUUGGUUUGCUCUUUGUAAGACAUUAACCUAAUUUAUACAGUAUUUCUGAGUAUUGAUGUUUUUUGGGUUGCGAGGAGUGGUGCUCAUCCUGAUUUUCAGUGUGCAAUUCACGCAAAAAUAAAAAUAAAUAUCACCCUCAUGUUGUUCUAAACCUGUACGACUUUAUUUCCGCCAUUGAAGCGCAAAGAGAUGAGUGAAUGGCGACAUUAAAAACGUCAAAAAAGCAGCAAAAGUAGUUGUGUUGUUAUCUGAAGCCGUACGAUAGAUUUGUGCGAGAAACAAAGGUUUUCAAUAAUCAAAAGCCGUCAUCAUUAAUCUCCCCUCAAUUGUAACUUCCACAGAAAUGUGAUGUUUGAUGUCAAUGAUGUCAAAUCUGGCAACUUGAUGACAAACAAGAUUUCAGACCCAUAUCGGUGGAGUUCUCUGUGGAAAAUCUUUUAAAUUUCGCAUUUAAUAAGAAGGAUAUAGAACACAUAUAGUCAUACAAACCACUUUAAUGAUCAUUUUACAGUACUUUUAGUCAUUUUAGGAGCUGUUACAGCCCGGGUCUACAUUGAUUUUUAUUAUAUGGAAAAGAGCAGCUUGAACACUCUGCAAAGUGUCUUCUUUAGUGCUCCACAG